CGGAGCUCGCGCGCAUUCUACGUACGUCUCCUACGUAGCAGCGGAGCAGCUGAGAGAUACUGAAAACAGUAGAGAAAAAACGUUUUCUUUCUGUUAGCUUGCUAACGACAAACAAGCCGAGCUUUUAGCCUGUCGGGGAGGACAAACAUUGACGGUCUCUAUUCAUUACAUUAAUGUCCUACAGCUGCUCGGUGACCUGCGAUACUCCGCACACAGUGACAGAUGAAAGUAGCAAUGCCUGAGAAACAUGGCUCACAAAGCAGAUAAUGAAGGGACGGGGAGCUCCCACCACACUGAAUUGUACGCCAGCAUCCCUCGAACAUGUCUGCCCAUCGUGUACCACCCAGACUACAACAUGACCUUCAUGGGCCUUGAGAAGCUCCAUCCGUUUGAUGCAGGGAAGUGGGGGAAAGUCAUUCACUUUUUGAAAGAGGAGCAGCUGGUCACCGAUGGGAACAUGGUGGAAGCGCGUGAAGCGACUGAAGAGGAUCUGCUGGUGGUUCACACCAAACGCUACCUCAACAGAUUAAAGUGGUCUCUGAAGGUGGCAACGAUCACAGAAAUCCCACCUCUGAUGUUUCUGCCUAAUUUCCUGGUGCAGCGGAAAGUGUUGAGGCCUUUGCGGACACAGACUGGAGGAACAAUAAUGGCAGCAAAACUGGCUGUCGAUCGAGGAUGGGCUAUAAAUGUCGGAGGAGGCUUCCACCACUGCUCCAGCGACAGCGGAGGGGGCUUUUGCGCCUACGCCGACAUCACUCUGGCCAUCAAGUUUCUGUUCGAGAGAGUGGAAGGCAUCUCCAGGGCUACCAUCAUCGAUCUGGAUGCCCAUCAGGGAAACGGACACGAGCGCGAUUUCUUGGACGAUGGGCGAGUGUACAUCAUGGAUGUGUAUAAUCGCUACAUAUAUCCUGGGGACGGGUAUGCCAAAAAAGCCAUAAAGAGGAAGGUGGAGCUGGACUGGGGCACAGAGGACACUGAGUACCUCCAGAAAGUAGAGCUCCACACCGAUGGGGCGCUGAACGAGGUCCGCCCCGACAUCAUCGUCUACAACGCGGGGACGGACAUCUUAGAUGGGGACCCCCUCGGAGGACUCUCCAUAUCACCACAGAUCUCUUCUCGUCCCUCUCUGCCAGGGCAUCAUAAAGAGAGACGAGAUCGUGUUCAGGGCCGCCAGGAGACAGGGCAUCCCCAUACUCAUGGUGACGUCUGGGGGGUACCAGAAGCAAACCGCCCGCAUCAUCGCCGACUCCAUCCUCAACUUGCACCUCCAGGGCCUGAUUGGAGCAGAGGCCCCGGAGGGGGAGGGCUCAUCAUCAUCAUCAUCGCUGGUGACCAGCAUGACGUUUAGCUCUGGAUCCGUUGGAUCGAAAUUCACUGCUGUCUGAGACGCUGUCAUCCUGGUGUUAACAUUCACAUGUGCAUCACCCACAGCUGUGACGUUUACCGGCACUCAAGUAACUUUAUAUUGAGCAGUUCUAAGUGUUUAUUUGAGAGUUGUGACGGGGGGGAUACCCAGCGCUUGUUUGCACAUUUAGACUAACAAACAUUAGUUUUGGUAAUUUUUUACAUUUUUAAUGUAUAAGUUGUGAAUCACUCAAAGGGAAUAAUCCUUCAGAGACAAAAGAUCCUAGUGAAACAAUAGCACUCUCCUGAUUCUCCUCUGCCACGAAAAGACUUGUUUAAAUUUUCAUCAGUUGGAGAAAGAUGGGAUUUAUGUUUAAUGGAUGUUCGGGCAGCGUUUUAGAGAAGUAUUCUGUCAUCUCAGGAAAUGUAAUAAUGUCAUUUGUGAAUGAUGCGAUACAUUACUAGUUCAUGAAAUUGUAAAGAGGUUUGACGUUCUUACAGAUACAUGGGAAAGCCCGUUAAUUAUGAGGUGAGACACGAGAGGAUUGCACAUGGAAACUAAUGUGAUGGGGAUAUCUAACGUGCUUACAGGAGACAAUGUCUUCUUCAUUCCUCAUUGACGUUUUGUUUUAUUACUUCAAGUGUAAAUUGGUGUUUUUCCUCUCGAUGAUAUUGUAAUCAUAAGAGUUAACAGAGUUUCAUUAAUCAGUUCAGCUAAUGACUUUUCGUGCUUAAAUCCACUCAAUCUUUGGAGUUCAUGCUUAAAGGGUGCCUGAUGUGAUUUUUUCUUUUCCCCCCAAAGUUACUAAAAAAGCAUUUUGUCUCUUAAUAAGCAUGAACAAAUUUGAAAAGUUGGAAACCUCUCUCCUAAUGAUGUUUAGCGCAGUAAGAGUGUAAAAGUGUAACGUGUAAAAGGAGACAAAAUAGAUCUUUAAACAACUGUUGGAUCAAUAUGAUUAAUGCAACACUAAGCAGAUUUAGUUUUAAUUCCUACACUAAACGUUUUUUGAACACUUUUAAUUUAAUUAAGGUAUUCGUGCAAUUAAUGUUGCCAUUGUUUUAAAACUGCAAUUACGGUAAUUACAUGAUUAUUCUGGUUCUGGGUGUUAUUUCUGUGGUUUUGGUCAUUGUGUAAUAAUGUUAGUUAUCACAUCCUUUCCUACAUAGCUAGCUAGCUUCCUACAGGUACAUCCAUGAAACAUAGCAACAGGAUAAUGACAACAAACAUAAUUGUUGCCAGUCAAUACAGAAACAGGAGUGUCACUCAAAGGGUUAAAAGGCCCUUCUUUGAAGAGCAUGAAAAGCAGUGUUCGGGUGCUCAUGUUAGACACGUUCAUAAUGAAACUGAGGGGGGGGGGGGCACAUUAGGUGUCGGUGCUAAUUAGCUAAAGCCUUUGAUCUGGCGCGCUGCUUUUGAAUGCGGCUGAAAAGUGUCUACCUUUUUAAUUAGGACUCCGAAUAUAUCACUUAUUGUAUGCGGGGCCGGCCCUUAAUACCCGAUGCCAUCCCAGAUUCCAGCUCAUCAGCUCCUUUCUGUGUCGUGCCAGCGUUUUCAGUUGGACGCUGCGUGCCAAAAACAACACUGAAGUCUUCAGAAGCUGUACUGUACUUCUUUUAAGGGAGUGUUUGUGCCGACAUCAAAAGCUACUUCUAUGCAUCCAUACUGACAUUGUAUAAAUCCAUGACAAGUGUCUGUUUUGCUUUUUUUUUUAAAUUUGUUGUACUGCCUGGGCUAAAAGUAUGGUUUGUUAAGGCUGCUGCUAUGUAGAUCACACUUUCUCUGACUUUUCCCAUUUAGUGCCGCUUGUCCUAUAGGGGUGUUCCUAAAACCCUUAUGGUGUCAUGAUCCCACAAUCAGUAAGAAAACCUCUAAGUAAAGCCCCUUAUGUCAUUUAGAGUCUCUGAUACCUCCAGUUUCAGGUCAUUUUCUUAGCUAGCCUAUAAAUAGUUUAUUCAUUGGAUAGGUGAAAUGGUUAGACCUCUGCUCACAUUGAAGUUGGGCAGCGCCAUACUUGGAAUUAAUCAUCAAACUCUAUGUACUAAUGAGUCUGAGUCAUUUGCUAUUAACGGCCAUGCACUAUGAAUUUCAAUUUUCCUUUUACAUUAUAAGACAAUCUUAUAAUCUAGCAGCUGACUGUAUUAUAUAUACUCACCGGCCACUUUAUUAGGCACACCUGUUCAAUUACACAAAUAGCUAAUCAGCCAAUCACAUGGCAGCAACUCAAUGCAUUUAGUUCAUCUAGACGUGGUGAAGACGACUUGCUGAAGUUCAAACCGAGCAUCAGAAUGGAGACUUUGAACGUGGCAUGGUUGUUGGUGCCAGACAGGCUGGUCUGAGUAUUUCAAAAACUGCUGAUCUACUGGGAUUU